AUGGAGCCUGAAGGUACCGUGGCCUUGCCCACGCUCGUGAAGCGCGAGCGAUCCCCGGACCUGGAACAAGUACCCGAGGCAUCUAGCCCAAAGCGCCGCGCCGACGCUACCACUGGUGUCGUCUGCGCCCCGGUCGAAUUUCCGUGGAGAGUAUGCCAGGACUUGGGCGAUGUAGAUCGUCUCAAAACUAAGGAGAAGGCCGUUAUGCAAGCCGAAAACUAUUGCGAACUAAUCAGGAAGGCACUUGAUCCUGUGCUGAACAUCCCGCGCGACACCCCUGAGGCAGUGAUGAUGGGACUCAGGAUCGUCAAACACUGGUGCGCCGAGUAUGGCAAGUAUUACUUGACUCUUUUCUCUUCAAAACCCUCGACUAAUUGCCGAGUAGAUGAAAUUCGCAACAAAAACAAGCAACGCCAAAUUCUGGUCGGAGUCGAAGGGCCUACAGGAGCAGGCAAAUCAUCGUUCUUGGGAUCGCUCCUCAAGAUUCCUGAGCUUUUCCCAUCCGGACAGGAAUCUGCCGCUACCGCUGUGAUCGGAAAGGUCUCCUGGAACUGGGUGGACGACCCUGCUCGUCGGUUCCGCGCUCAAGUUUUCUUUCGACCAAAAGAUGAGAUCCGGACUGAACUCGCGUCACUCUUGGAAGAACUAAAUCACUGGAAGCUCUUAGUGGCAAGUGGAAUGGACGAGAACGACAACGAUGGCGAGAAAGCCGAUAGCAUAGCCAUGUCCAGAAGCACGAUCGAGCAUCAACUCCCCAGGGUCCAGGCUGUCUGGGGUUUGAACGAAGAACAACUACUCCAAAUUGCAGAGAAAUGCCCUCAUGAGCUAUCGUAUAGAAAGGCAACGAAAAGCGUUCUCUAUAAGAACUUUACUGCCUUGAAGUUUCUAGGUGAUGGUCGAGCAGAGUUCAACGCCAGUACAGUAGAGAUACUGGCAGAGUCUAUCAAGCCAUUCCUGGAUUCAAGCACCAGCACCUAUGGGGGUGGAAACCAAUUCUCCGCCUGGCCACUGGUAAAAAGUGUUCACAUUUUUGCUAAGGCUGACAUUUUGAAGCCUGGCAUUACCCUUGUUGACCUUCCUGGAUGUGGUGAUGCUGUUGAAAGUCGUUCUGAGGUUGCUGAAAAGAUUUCUCACACCCUGGAUGUACGUAUGGUGGUAAGUCCCAUCAUCCGCGCAAAGGAUGAAAAGCAAGGCCAGACCCUCAUGCGAAAUGGGUUCGACGAGGCCCAGAUGAGAAUCCGUGGAAAGAUGGAUGGCCGGGGGUUUUGUGUCAUCGCGUCCAAAAUGGACGAUAUGAAGGUGGACUCAUACAUCACUGGGUGUCCCGAGUUGGCCCGCAACAAAGACAUGGUCCAAAAACAAAACAGACUUGCCGAUCUCAAGGAUGAAAAGGCUGAAAUCAGAAGCACCCGCAAGCAGUUGAAGUCAGCCAAGAAGAAGGCCGAAAGCCAGAGGAACAAAGCCACAAAGUCGUAUGACAAAGCGAAAAACAAGCAUGAACUAAACUUGCAGACUAAUCCAAACACAAGUGACGCGCAAUUGUCGACUCUACGAGCCCAGCUGGAUGAAAAGGCCGCGGUAUUCAAUGACGCUGAUAAACGACUUGAGCAAUGCGAGGCACGCUCAACAAGGAACUCUAUCGAGACGAACUACAUCCGAGAUUGGGUCCACCAUCGAGCCAUUCAAACUCGCAAUGCUCGUGUGAUCAAACGCCUUCGUGAUGAUUUCGCCAUACGACAGAGCAGAAUGGACAAUGGAAAGGUUUCUGAAAAGCCUAAGCCAGACGCUGAGUACAUUCUUCCUAUCCUACCAGUCUCAACCAGGGCCUUCUGGCAGCUGGAGGGCAACGAGAAACCGAUGGCUGGUUUCCCGACCCAGACCUAUACAGGUGUUCCUGCUGCAGAGAAGUGGCUUCACCGAGCUACCUUGGCGAAGCGCGAGAAGCAUCUGGAUGAGACCCUGGAUGGAUACCAGAACCUCAUGACAAUGAUGCGCAUCUAUUCUGCAACAAAUGGUCGGGAUGGCGACUUUGAUUUCACACGAUCAGAAGUAGAUGCUGCUUUGGCUGAAACCCAUGCUUUCUACACCAACAGACUAGGAUCUAAACUCGCCGAAGCCUGUAUCGAGAUCAGAAAACUUGACCCUCUCGAACGCAAGGACCGCGCCAAGAAGCGGUUCUUAGGUGAAGCCCAACGGAUUGUGCAGAAAUGGGCCCACAAGUACCCCGAUGUUGAGAACAGUGUCGACAAAAUGGGUUGGAGUACCUAUGUCGCCUGUAUCAGACGCAAUGGCUCUACAUUCAAAAGCCCUAGCAUCGGAGUUACAUACAACUGGAUCGAGAACCUAGCCGCACCCAUUCUCAAGACCCUCAGCAGGGACUGGGAUAGGAAGAUGAACAAGCAGCUUCCGCUCAUCAAAAGACCUAUGAUGUCGGAUUAUUCAAGGCUUUUCGCCGAGUACCUGAACGCUGUUCAGCGUGUGAUCAACGAAAAAGUGCCACCUCUCGCAGCUUGUUUUGCAAACAUGCGACCCAUCCUAGAAACUUCCCAGCGUACUACCGAGACGAAAAUUGGGGAUGUACUGGAAACAGUCGCUGAAAAAUCGGCCAUCGUUGCCCUUAAUGUGGCCGGGUACUUGGAAGAGCAAAUGAAACCAACAUUCGAAGUUGCUCUGAAGGACGGUAAGUGA